GCGCGUAUUUUAGUUUGAAAAUCAGCAUGGAAGUCAGUGUGUAGGGUGGUGUAAAGUUUUCCAAGAAAAUCCAAAUUUUCAAACUGAUAACAAUGUGAAAAAGUGUUUGUGUUAAAUAUUUGUGUUGUGUUGACUGUUUUCUACGAUAUUUGCAACUUCAGAGUUUAAUUUCUACGUAAAAACGCUCAUUAUCGAUAUAAAAGCCGCCGUCGUCCAUUAAGUCUUCGAAGAAGAAAUAUUUAUGAAAAUCAAACGUAAAUAAGUAUAUAGGUGUUGAAAAUUAUAAAGUGUUGUUUAUAUUUGUUGAAUCGAUGUUGUUAUACGAGUACGUCAUCGAAUUUAUUAAAUAGAAGUGCGUUUAACGAGCGCCGUGUUUAUAUGCGAUGAAAUGAAUGAAUGAUUCAAUGUUUAUUAGUAAAAGAGCGAGAUCCAAGAUAUAUACACACGACCUUACAACUUAUAGCUUCUAUUAUAAGGUCAAUGGCCAUGCAUUUCUCAGCUUAGAGAUGUCUGCACUCAGUAUGCGUUUAGACUUUCGUAGUACUCUUACUUAAGGAUUACCAAGACUUGUUUUCUUUUUUCCUCAAACACCCACUGAAAUAAUACGCGGUUGUGAUUCGUAACUUCCAUCCAGAAACCUUAGAUUGUUUAAAUUAGUGUUUUCCUUGUUAAGUUUCAAUUCGUUUUAAUAAUGGAAGUGACUUAAAAAGUCGAGUAGUUUUGUUAAUAAAAGUGGGAAAAAUGGCCGAGGAUUCCGCGAGUUCGCGUCGGUUAAGCCAAAUUUUCGAUCCUUUGUCGCGGUUGACGGAAUUAACCAGGAGUUCGCAUUCGACACCGUCGUCACCGCGACUUCUUCCGCGUCGACCAAGAGACGUCACCUCGGCCAUGCCACCGCUAGACGGACUGGAUUCUGGACCCAGCCGUGUCGUCGAUCCCAACAAUGUUAAUUGGCAAGAAAGAUGUCUCGAACUGCAGCUGGAGCUCCACAGGAGUCGCACCCAGGCCACCAGGACCAGGGACAUGCUCCGCGAAAAGCUUUCCGAACUGGAACAGAGGGUUUUGGAGGCGGAAAGUCGAGCGGAAGAAGCCGAGGACAAGGUGCGAAUAAUGGAACAGAAGCUUGCAUGGUCGCAGCAAAGUGACCCGAACAACCUCCAGAUCCACCGUUUAGAGGGCGAAGUGGAAGAGCAACGCCAGUUGCGACUCCACGACGCCCGCCAAGUCGAAGCCAAAGCGGCCCGCAUCAAAGAAUGGGUGACGAAUAAACUCCGCGAACUCGAACAACAAAACCAAACCCUUCGCGAACAGAAUAUCAAGUGCAAUCAACAACUGGAACUGCUCCGAAACCACUUAGCCCUGGCGGACCGCCGGAGAUCAGAGAGCUGCUCACCAGAGCCCAGACAACACACAUCCACUUCCAAUUCGACGAGGAGCAAUCGACACAGGAGACAUCAGUCGGUUUGCCUGAGCAGUAAUUUCGAGCCGGCAGUGCCGAGCACUCUUGUAACAAGCGUCAAUUUCGGAACGAGUAAUUCGAGCAUGGAUCCACUGACGGACGAGCUGAGAGCGGCGGUUGAUAAUCUGAGCAUUGGGAGGGUUCCCAGCAGCAGUGCUUCUGAUCCGGAUUUGGCACAUGAUUAUGCCGAGAUUUACACGCCCAGCAGAGAAAAAGUCCCCUGGCCUAGGGCUCCCACGCCGCCGAUUCACAGGUUCCCCAGCUGGGAGGAUCGGAUUUAUCAGGUAGCGGCUGACGGGUUAACGUUGACCGGAACCACCCCCAGCGACAUCGGCCCGGAGCAGGCGGGGUACCAGGACAUCCCAGUUCCGGUCUACGCUACUGUCAAAGGCCGGGCGAGCCAGAUCCGGUCCAUGCCCUUCACUGGCGACUCUUCGGACGAUUCGAGUGACGGUGAAGGUAAUAACACCACCGCUGUCGACGGUACCAAUACUCAUAGUAGAAGUUCCGGUGAUACUUCGGGUUCAAGUCCGGGGAAACGGACGGCUUCCAGUAGCAGUGGAUCCCCGAGUAAAAGCAAAACUCGAGGUGUUUCAGACACUUCGUUCGAGAGUGGCAUGUCGGAUGAUUAUGCCGUACCACCGGAUGCUCUCAGUUGUGAUACGACUAGUCUAGAAUCGUCAAUGUUGCUUAGAGCGUCUUAUUUAGAUAGUCCCAAGCGGAUUGAAAGUUUAGAAAAAAGUGGGUCUUUAGCAAAAUUAGGGGGGAAGUUAAAAACGUGGCGUAAGAAAUGGUUCGUGUUGAAAAACGGCGUCUUGACUUACUACAAGAGUCAAAGUGAUAUAAACCGCAAACCUCAGGGUCAAAUAAUCUUAGACGAAGUUUGUAAAAUAACGAGAGCCGAAGGCUCCAACACUUUCGAGAUAGACACGGGCAAAAAAACGUACUAUUUAACAGCCGACUCAAUAACUGCGAUGGAAGACUGGGUUAGAAUCCUUCAAAACGUACAACGAAGAAACGCAACCAAGUUAUUACUGAGCAAGGAAGAGAACAAACCGUCAGUUCAAGGAUGGCUAACGAAAGUGAAAAAUGGUCACGCGAAAAAAUGCUGGUGCGUGCUAAUCGGAAAAAUGUUUUUGUAUUUUAAAUCGCCAACAGACACGACGCCAGCAGGUCAAAUCAAUAUGCGUGACGCGCGGGUUGAAGAAGUCGAGCAUUUAUCAGAUUCCGAUUCCGAGGAACGAGAUACGGAACAUCCGGACUUAACCAUCGGGAUAUUUCCCACAAAUCAAGGCCCUACGUAUUUAUUGUGUUUAGGGAAACAAGAGAAAGAUUCGUGGCUGUAUCAUUUGACUGUAGCCAGCGGCGGCGGCCCCAGCACUGGCACACAAUACGAACAAUUGAUACAUAAAUUGAUGGAGGUCGAUGGCGAUUCGAACUGCGUCUUGUGGAGGCAUCCGGUGUUGUUACAUGUGCCUUGUACGAAAGACGGGGCUAUACCUUCGUAUUUCCCGCUUACAACACUACCGACUGAAACGCUACAGGCCGAAGCAAUCAAACUAUUCAAAUGUCUGCAAUUAUUCAUGUCGGCGGCUGUUGACCAAGCCGGAAUCGAUUAUCACGUAGUGUUGGCACAAAAUGCAUUGCAGCAAUGUUUGGACAUGCCGGAGCUACAGGCCGAACUCAUUUGUGCGUUAAUUAAGCAAACGAGCAAAAGCUCGCCCUUGCCCAAGCUCGGAGUCCAGGUAUCUACACAAAAGUUGCUUAAAAAAAGUCAACUUCUCCUUUGCGCGACUCAAAGUUUAUUCACCUGCGAAACGACUCCCAGUAUAAACAGUACUUCUGACCAACAAAUUGCAUCUUCCAAUAUACAGGCGGUCCAGGAAGAGAAAUACAAAGAGCACAAGGAAUGUUACAAGGAGCAUAAAGACCAUAAAGGACCCCCGAGUUACACGUUGUUGCAAGGAUGGCAGUUGCUCGCGUUGGCUGUCAGUUUGUUCGUUCCGAAGUCGUCAAGAUUAUUGUGGUUUUUGAAGCUGCAUCUGCAGAGAAACGCUGACAAUCGGACAGAGUGUGGGAAAUAUGCGGCGUAUUGUGAGCGGGCCUUGGAAAGGACGAUACAAACAGGAGGUCGCGAGUUGAAGCCGUCUCGCAUGGAAGUCCUCAGCAUCCUGCUGAAGAACCCGCAACACCACUCUUUGCCCCAUUCGAUGCCCGUCCACCUCCUCAACGGCACAUAUCACAUAACGAGUUUCGACGGCUCUACCACAAUCAAAGAGUUUCAGGAUAGUCUAGCGCACGAGAUUUGCUGUCGGGUCAGCAACGGCUUCGCGAUUUUUAGCGAUGACCCGAUUGAGAAAGACCUAGAGCAUACGCUUGACCCGAACGCGAAACUUUGUGAUUUGAUAUCGAAAUGGGAGAUUGCCUUACGUGAGAAAGGCUUAGGGAAAUUUGAAAACAGUCGUGUGAUUCGACUGACUUACAAAAAUCGACUGUGGUGGAAGAACAGUGCUCGCUUAGAAACGGACAAAGAGAGGUUACUUCUGUGCUACCAAGUCAAUAAACAGAUUGUUUCGGGACGGUUUCCGCUAAGCCGGGAACUGGCCUUGGAGUUGGCAGCACUGAUGGCACAGCUCGAUAUGGGCGAUUGCACCUUCGGGUCGCAUAAAAACACUAGUGUAAAUAAUACUUUAAGUAAUCAAGGGACUUCCAAUCGACACCAAAGCCCCAAAUCGACGACGAAUGGGACGAUAAGCCCGCCAACUGCCAUUCAAAAUUCUAAUACUCUAAGCGCCUUGAAUAACGUGCACGGGAUCCUUACAGCUCACUCGAAUCAAGCUCUCAACGCCAUUGAUAAGUUCUAUCCGUACAGAUAUCGGGAUCAGUUGACGCAAGAAGGCCUAACGGAGCUGCAAGCAAAGCUUUUGGAGAAGUGGCGAGGGCUCAAAGGCCGAACUCAGCUAGAUUGUGUCCGGAUUUACCUCACCUGCACCCGCAAAUGGCCCUUCUUCGGGGCCACGCUCUUCCAGGCGCGUUUGCGCCAGCACGACUCGCCCAUGAUCUGGCUGGCGGUGAACGAAGACUCCAUCACAAUCCUCGACCUUGCAACGAUGCAGCAACGCGUCAGAUACCCAUACACCAACGUGCUCACAUUCGGCGGUUGUCAAGAAGACUUCAUGUUGGUCGUGACCCAAAACGACCAACAACCCUCCCAAAAACUAAUCUUUUCGUUAAGUAAACCGAAAAUACUCGAACUGACUUUACUCAUAGCUGACUACAUGAAUCUCUUGAUAAAUAAUCCCGGUACGCCUUUGUUAGGUACUUUAAGUAGGGGAACAAUGGUUUCCGUUAAUCAGUCUGUGGUAAAUCAAUCUAUCAUUAGCCAAGCUAUCGCCAAUCAAAGUCAACCCGAUAUUUUAAAAUCGACGCCUGAUCAUGGGGUGCAGAGGUCGGAUUCGAAGAGGAGGACGCAUGUGGACUCGGGACUUGCGUGAUAUUGACGAUAUCACAAAAGUUGCGACGGCUGACGGUGUCACAAGACGGUUUCGUUUUUUUAAUUGUGAUUUUUCGCUUUUUCUGUGGCAGAUCGGAGAUGUAUAUAGCGUGUAUGUGGAUGUAUAUAGCGACUAUUUAUUACGUUGGACAGUUUUAUAAAUUGCUUUUUUGGUUGA